GACUUCGCUUCCUGCCCCUCCCCCCAGUUACCUUCUCCUGGGAAGGUAUUCUUUAAAAGCUUUUGGGGUUCUUUGGAGGAAUGGUUUUCCCUGGGUCUGGUGAUCACUGAUGCGGGUUGUUUCUGAGAUAGUUACGCCCAGAAAAGUUGUUUAUCUUAAUCUCUACAGCACUAGAACCAUGCCUAACACAUAAUAGGCCCUAAAUCAAAUGUGAACAUGGAAUUCUCAGAGUUUCAGGAUUUGUGCUUCAGGCGUCAAGGUAGCUCUUCCCUGGUCUUUCCCAUUCUCCACAGCUCCAGCUCCAAACCUUUUGCCUCUCUUCAAGACCCUUCCCCCAUCUCACUUAAGCCCUCUUUGAUUAGGGGGCGGACAGAGGCCUUCUGGGAGAAAAUCCUCCCAUUCCCAAUUAUCUAAUACGUUUCUUGCCAUUUUACAAGAGCUCGUCCCUUAAAAAAAUUUACACUCUUUUUUCUAAUGUGAUAUUCUUGAUUUUGUCAUCAUGCUUUAGAGACAGCUGGGAUCCUAUCCUUUUACCAGAUGUUUGACCGUGGGGCAAGUCUUUUUUUCUUAUCCGUUUCCUCAUCAGUAAAUUGGGAAAAAUAAUGAUGGCGACUGUCAAAAGGAAAUAGGAUCAUGGCGGCAGAUGAUGACAAUGGUGAUGGAACAAGUUUAUUUGAUGUCUUUUCUGCUUCUCCUCUUAAAAAUAAUGAUGAAGGUUCUUUGGACAUAUAUGCUGGGUUGGACAGUGCUGUUUCUGACAAUGCUUCUAAAUCCUGUGUACCAUCUAGAAAUUGUUUGGAUUUAUAUGAGGAAAUCCUGACUGAAGAAGGAACCGCAAAGGAAGCAACAUAUAAUGAUUUGCAGGUAGAAUAUGGAAAAUGUCAGCUGCAAAUGAAAGAGCUGAUGAAGAAAUUUAAGGAAAUACAGACACAGAAUUUCAGCUUAAAAAAUGAAAACCAAUCCCUUAAGAAAAAUAUUUCAGCACUUAUCAAAACUGCCAGAGUGGAAAUAAACCGCAAAGAUGAAGAAAUAAAUAAUCUUCACCAAAGAUUGUCUGAGUUUCCACAUUUUCGGAAUAAUCAUAAAACUUCAAGGACAUCAGAUAUAGUUAAAACAAAAGAUCUUAAAUCCAGAUCUCCCCAUUUGGAUGACUGUUCUAAGACUGACCACAGAGUGAAAAGUGAUGUUUCUAAAGAUGUGCAUUAUAGCACUUCACUGCCAAACCUCGAAAAGGAAGGAAAAUCCCAUUCUGAAAAAAAGAGCACUUCACAUUUGCCUGCAUCUAUUGAAAAACACUGCACCAAUGGCAUAUGGUCACGUUCCCAUUAUCAGGUUGGUGAGGGUAGUUCAAGUGAGGAUCAUAGAAGAGGGAGAAAAGAGAGUCGACACAGUCAGUAUAGCAGAGGGACCGACAGAAUACGAAAAGACUUAAACACUGGCUGUGGUGAUGGUGAACCCAGGAACAUAGAAGCUGAUCAAAGGCUCCAAGGACGUCCUGAGAAGUACAGUAAGGGUGAACCAAAGGCUGAAAGCAAAAAUUCAAAGUUGAAAAGCAACACCGAUUUGGAUUAUAAAAAUGAACGUGUUAGUUCUUCUUGGGAGAAAGAGAGCUCUAGAGACAGAUCACACACGCGACCAGAAUCUCAAAGUGACAAAAAACUCGAAAGACAAAGUGAAAGGUCACAAAAUAUAAAUAGAAAAGAACUUAAAUCACAGGACAAAGAAGAGAGGAAAGUUGAUCAAAAGCCUAAGUCAGUAGUAAAAGACCAGGAUCAUUGGAGAAGAUCUGAACGAGCAUCGCUUCCACAUCCCAGGAAUGAACUAGCAAAAUCUUCUCAUAAUUCAAGUAAAUACCAUCCAGAAGAGAGGAGAGGAUGGGAAGACUGUAAAAGAGACAGGGCUAUAAGUAAUCAUAGUUUUCAAGAAGGAAGAGGUCUGUCCUCCCUUUCAACCAGUAGAACUCAUAAACAUGUUGACUCCAAGGAAGGUGACACCAUGCACCAGCGGGAAAAUACACCUUCAAGAGCAGAAAGGCAUCGAACUGAAGAGAAAAGGAAAAGAGAACGAGAGAGCAAAGAAGAAAAGAGACAUAUGAGAGAUGAAAAAAGAAUGCCUACGGAACAUUUGCAGAAGACUAGUAGAGAAACUAAGAAAACCACUACUGAUUUAAAGAGACAGAAUGAGCCAAAAAAUGAUAAAGGUGAAGUCUCUAGUAAUGAUGUUUCUGAAGGAGCAGAUAAUAAAGAGCUUGCAGUUAAUGCUGAGAGUGGUCCAAAUGAUACACAAAACAAAGACUUAAAGUUGAGUUUUAUGGAAAAAUUGAACUUAACUCUUUCUCCUGCUAAAAAGCAUCCUCUUUCUCAGGAUAAUCAGCAUAAAAUAACCGAUACUCCCAGAUCCAGUGACACAUGUGAUUUGGAGUCCUUGGUGCAGGCUAAAACAGUGACAUGUGUUCCCUCUGUCAGUGAACAUAUCACAGAGGAAACCAAAUCAGAGUCUUUGGAACCAAAGGAUGCUCUAGCAGCAGCAUGUGAACCCAGGACCAGUAUUUCAGAAAAGAAAAUAGAAGAAAAUAGUUUGUUGGUUAAAUCUGCUGAGAAUACUGUGCACUGUGACAUGCCCACGUGUGGUACAGAGACUUCCUUCCCAGCACCUAUGCCAGUGGAACACACGAAAUCCUUGUUUCCAUCAUCAGCAGAAAUGAAGCAAAUCAUUGGUGGUGCAAGGGCAGCAGUUCCUGUGGUAAUGAACGCAGUAGACACAAAUGUUUCUCAGAACUUUGACUUGGGAUUGGAUACCAAAAGAAAUGAUGACUUAAAUUCCUGUAGUGUUUCUGAAGAUAGAGAAAUGAAAGAGGCUUUUUCAACAGUGACCAAAUCCAGCGAAAGCAUUGCACAGCCUUCAAUUGAAGAAACUGGUAUUUUGCCAGUAGUCCUUUCAGAAGAUGAUAAACCAAAGUCUGAGCCUUCUCUUACUGUUCUUCCACUGGUGGAGAGUAAGUCUGGUCAUUUGGAGCCUUGCUUACCUAAAGAGACUCUAGAAUCUUCACUUCAGCCGACUGAGUUAAUGGACCACAGAGUGGAAAUUGGUGAAACAAAUUCCGUAUAUCAUGAUGAUGAGAACUCUGUUCUGAGCAUUGACCUUAAUCAACUGAGACCUAUUCCAGAAGCCAUCAGUCCUCUGAAUAGUCCAGUGAGACCUGUGUCAAAAGUUCUUAGACUGGAAAGCGCAUCUCAGGUUCUAUUAUAUAAUAAUAGUCAUAAAGAUGUGUUUCCACCAAAUUCAGCUCAUUCUACCUCCAAGACUCAAUCGGAUCUCAACAAGGAAAAUAAAAAACCAACUGACAAAUCUGACAAGUUUACCGAAGCAGACUCCAACAAGAACUCAUCUUUAGAUGAACUAGAAGAAGGAGAAAUUAUAAGUGACAGCGAAAAACCUAAGCCACAAAAGAGUUUUGAGAAAAGUGCCAACCCAAGAGCUUCUGCUCAAAUGCCGAGCACAAAAGCUAACCCAGGAAGUAGGAAAAGCACUGUGCAUUUGGAUAAAGACAAUAGGAAGAUAUCUUCUAUAAAAAUCCAUCAGACCAAAAGCAAAUGGAAUAAGAGACGCAGUGAAUCAAGCAGAGCUUCAAAAACAGAGAAGAAAGAUAGGUCAAUGAGCACUUCUAGCCUUGAAAAAAUAGUUCCGGUUAUUGCCACACCCUCUUCUGUCCCAGAGGUUAUGCACAUGUUACGAAUGAUAAGAAAACACGUGAGGAAAAAUUAUAUGAAAUUCAAGGUAAAAUUUUCAGUGAUACAGUUUCAUAGAAUUAUUGAGUCAGCAAUUUUGAGUUUUACAUCACUAAUUAAACACCUUGACUUAUCCAGAAUCUCCAAGUCAGUGACUACUUUGCAGAGGAAUCUCUGUGAUGUUAUAGAAUCCAAACUUAAGCAAGUUAAAAAGAAUGGCAUCGUGGACCGUUUGUUUGAACAGCAACUACCAGAUAUGAAAAAAAAAUUGUGGAAAUUUGUAGAUGAGCAACUUGAUUAUUUGUUUGCAAAGCUUAAGAAAACCUUAGGGAAGUUCUGUGACUCCGAAAACUUUGGCAGUGACAGUGAUGAAGGAAAACUUGAAAAGAUAAAUAAGGAGAAAGCAAAACAUUCAAAUUAUCAGAAGGGGAAUGCAGACAACUCCAGUAAAGAAAUGUUGAAAGAGAAAACUCCCAAAGCAGUAGGUUCUGGUUACUCCAAGUCUUCAAUAGGAUGUAAAAAAUCUGAGGAGAAACAUCAAGAGCAAAAUAAUUCCAAUAUUAACACGGUAAAGCAUGACAGUAAAAAAAGUAUGAACACUUGCUUUGAUAAUAUUAAGGACCCUCAAUCUGAAGGGUGCUUCUUAGAACCAAACUGCCUGAGCACCCAAAAGCCAGGAAGAAUCGAAGGCAGCACUGCAGAGGAGGCACAGACCUCCCAGCAUGCUGCUUUGAGGUCGGAACGCAGUUUCGAGAUUCUUACUGAGCAGCAAGCAUCCAGCCUUACUUUUAAUUUAGUGAGUGAUGCACAGAUGGGAGAGAUAUUUAAAAGUUUGUUGCAAGGUUCUGAUCUUUUGGAUAACAGCGUUAACUGUACUGAAAAAAGUGAGUGGGAGUUAAAGACACCAGAGAAACAGCUACUAGAUACUCUUAAAUGUGAAUCUAUACAAGCUUGUACAACGGAAGAAGAACUCGUGUCAGGGGUGGUUUCUCCCUGUCCUAAGAUGAUUGGUGAUGAUAAUUGGUCAUUAUUGUCAUCUGAGAAAGGUCCUUCUCUGUCUUCAGGGCUUUCCUUGCCAGUUCAUCCUGAUGUUUUGGAUGAAAACUGUAUGUUUGAAGUGUCCACUAACAUAGCUUUAAGUAAAGAUAAUGUGUGUAGUUCAGAAAAGAGCAAGCCCUGCAUUUCUUCCAUACUUCUUGAAGAUCUAGCAGUCUCUUUGACAGUACCAUCGCCUCUCAAGUCAGAUGGUCAUCUCAGUUUCUUAAAGCCAGAAAUUUUGGCUAAUUCAACUCCUGAAGAAGUUAUUAGUGCCCAUUUUAGUGAAGAUGCCUUACUUGAGGAAGAGGAUGCAUCUGAACAGGAUAUUCACUUAGCCCUGGAGUCUGAUAACUCAAGCAGUAAGUCAAGUUGCUCUUCGUCAUGGACAAGCCGGUCUGUUACUCCAGGCUUUCAGUACCACCCGAAUCUGCCCAUGCAUGCCGUCAUAAUGGAAAAGUCCAACGAUCAUUUCAUUGUGAAAAUACGGCGUGCAGCACCAUCUACCUCCCCUGGUCUUAAGCAGAAUAUGGUGGCUGAUGAAUCUUUGCCUAGAGUGGAAAAGGAAGCUGAUGAAGCAGCCGACAAAGACUAUGUUUCGUGUCAGAGUGGAGUUUUAAAAUCUGUGGAGGAAUUGAAAAAUUCCAGUGAAAAUGUUGCUAGCAAUAAAUCAGCUCAUGAAGAACAGGACUUUAUGAUACAAACCAAGGUUCCUGAUAUAUAUGAGUUUCUUAAAGAUGCUUCAGGUAAAGUGGGUCCCAGUACUGGAGUGGCCGAAGAAUGUUAUAAGUUGCAUCAAGCAUGGCAACCCAAAGUGCCUGAAAACAUUGAAGAAUUGCCUCCAGUGGAAGAAGUUCCACAUUCUGUCCCAGAUCAUCUUCCAAACACAUAUAUAGACCUCACAAAAGAUCCAGUCACUGAGACCAAAAACUUGGGGGAAUUAAUAGAAGUAACAGUUUUAAAUAUUGGUCAGUUGGGAUGUUCUGGAAGCAGUGUGGAUCAGAAUGCUCCAACAUUAGACAGUAUGCAGCCUGAAACUGUAGAUGCUUUUAUUGACUUGACCCAAGAUGUUUCAAGUGAAAGUAAAAAUGAAAGUAACCAUCCUGCUUUACCUGUUGAAGACUUGGGGUGUCAGGUGAUAUGUGUAGAUGAAAAUAACUCUAAGGAAGAAAAUGUGCAAGUGGCAGACAGGCCUGUGGAAUGCAUUGUCGAGGAAGCCUGUAUCGAUUUAACCUCUGAAACUCCCAGUUUGAGUGAAGUCAAAAAGGAUGAUUUAAAAUCAGAGUUGGUGUCAAAUUCUGAUAGUCUGGAGUUGCCUGGGGCUUUGGAUAAUGCUCACAAAAAGAGAAAAAACCUUUCUGAUCUAAAUCGUUCUUCUCAGAAAAAACAGAAGAAGGAAACAGACUUGACCGUUAGGGAAAAGACCAAAAAAAUUACCCAAGAUUCUGGUGAGAAUGAUGAAGCUCACCAGAGGAAAGCCAAGAAGAAAAAGGCCCCAGAAGUGAUUAAAGAUCCCUCAUCAUUAAAGGCAAGCCCAGGGACUAAGGAUGCAUCAGCAGCACCUGCCACUUCUCUCACAAGUCUUUCUGCAAAGAAUGUUAUUAAAAAGAAGGGAGAAAUUAUAGUUUUGUGGACAAGAAAUGAUGACCGGGAAAUCUUAUUGGAGUGUCAGAAAAGAGGGCCAUCAUUGAAAACAUUUUCUUAUUUAGCUGCCAAGUUGAAUAAAAAUCCAUAUCAGGUCUCAGAAAGAUUCCAGCAGCUAAUGAAGCUUUUUGAAAAGUCAAAAUGCAGAUAAAUUGCUGAAUUCCUUGGAGUCUUACUUGAUAUUGCAUACUGCACAGAAGCUUGGAAUUCCUCAUGUUUUUAAUGGGGAAGUAGAGGACAGUUUUAUGACAUAUUCUAUUAAUAUUCUGUUAAUAAUCUGCAUUUGUUUUUACUUGCUGACUCUUAAUCUCAAGCCAGCAUGUUCAGCUUGUUCCUAACAUCAGUCUGAUUUGUGUAGCUGUUAUUGGUCACAAUAUUUAUUUUUAAACAAAUUAGAACUUGUUAUUAAGAUAAAAGCAACAGCAAGACAGUAUUGAAAUCUUAGUUUUGAUAUUUCAAAGAAAUGACUUUCAUUUCUAGAUUUUUAAAAAUAGUUUUGUAGCAUUUUAAACGACUAUUAUUUACUUUGUUUCAUCCAUUUUUAUUUGCUUUUCUAACUGGCUCUUCUCAUUUUGGUAAAUUGUAAAAUAAUUUAAAUAGUGUAACUGUAAAUAUGUAUAAUUAUAAUGAUGUAAAAUACUUUGUGUAUGUAUGUUUGGGUGUAUACACAUAACAUAAAUGGCUAUGCCUGGCCAAGGUUGUUUUUUUUUUUUUUUUUUUGUAUAAAACUUUUUGUAUAAAGUUUGCUUUCAUUACCUAUAAUGUAUAAAUAAAACCAUGUAAAGUUCUGUUAU